CCACCACUCUCUCUCUCAUCCCUAAAAAACUCUCUCACGAACUCCGCAGGAUCUCCUCGGUCCACCCCACCCCGGCUCCUCUCCCCACGGUCUCCUCGCCGCCGCCCCCACCCACGCUGACCGGUUCCGGCGAGCACCGGCCACGCGCAACACCCCACCUCCUCCUCCCCCUCCCUUCCCCUUCCUCCUCUGCCCGCCCCUUCUCUUUCCUCCUUCCUCCCGACGGCCGGCGAUGGGCGCGGACGAGGAGGAGCACCAGUCCCCCAUGCGGAAGCGCGAGCGCGAGGAGGGAAAACACUAUAACUGGAGGCCCCCCUCGUCCGCCCCCCUCAUCUCCCGCCCGCCUCGCCACCAACCCCCAAAUCGAUUUCAAAUCGCGCGCCGCCCGGUCGGCGUCCCCGACGGCGGCGAUGGAGGUGGGCGACCUGCACAAGAUGUGGGAGAUCCGGGCGCUCAAGCGGAAGCCCGAGGAGCCGACGGCCCACGCGCUCCUCGACCGCGUCGCCAAGAAGGUCCAGCCAUCAUGCGCCGCCGCAAGUGGCGCAUCAAGGUCCUCUCCGAGUUCUCAACCCGAGGCUGCUGGGGCUCAACGUCAACUGAGGCAUCGAGGUGAAGCCGUGAAGCUGCGGCUCUGGCGUGACGGCCGGGACCUCGACUUCAUCCCCUACGAGGAGGUGCUCGACACCAUGCUUCACAAGAUCGCGCACAACGCGCGCAGGCCCCACAACGCGCAGUUCUACAAGCUCUGGGACGAGCUCCGCAAGUUUGACAGUACAACGGAUGGGGCUGUUAAAUAUGAGAUUCCAAUUGUGGCAGUGCAUUGCAAAAUAACUAUUUGAGGUAUAUAUGGCAUGCCAUCUAUGACAAUGAUGCAUGCAGUUCCUCCCAGAGUGUUCCUCUCCAGCUACCAGGCCUUUCGAUGGAUGCUACUCUGCGCAGGGAAGUCAUUCAUUUGUCAUGCCAUGGAAGUAUCGUUUGAAGUUUCCUUGCUGUCAAGACUUUUUUUUCAACAUAUAUGAGGUGGCAAGCAAAGUUAUGGUAACUGCAGUUCAUGUCAGGUAUAAUGUGAAACGGCAAUGGAUAAAAUCUACUCUGGAUAGUUGACAGAGGGAGUACAUGCUAAGUUGACUUUUGCCUGUGGAUUUGCUUAUCAUGAAGAUGGUUGCAAGGAUGCAGAGGGAGCAGAUCAUUUGGAGAGAUAGGAUGCCACUGUUUGGUGUUUUUAUGCAUUUUAGUUUGCUUGUAACUGUGUUUGCACUAGCUGGGAGUAAGUGACUUCAAGAAGUGUAGGUGUUUUAAUUGAAGGCAUGAAAAGCCACGACAAUAUGUAUGCUCUUACAGGAUGUGCUCUAAUACUGCCGGUUUAUUAUAAAUCUUGGAUUAGUAAUGAUGUGUAAUGCUGCUGGUUUAUUGCAAAUAUGUGUUUGUUUUA